CUCGUCUCCAAGUCAGAAGAAAUUUGUGAAAUUGUAAACAUUGUAGAGAAUCGAAUUUCAAAUUUCAAAAUGAAUGAUUUUUUUUUAUUCUGAAAUUUCAUGUAUUCAAAAUUAUAUUGAUAUGGUUGCCAAAUUAUUAUGGAGAGAACCUACAAGGACCAUCAUUCGCCAACUAUGCAGGUCCCAUUCUACCACUUCUACCUCAGGAACACAAAUGACAUCAGCUGGAAUAAUUGUCGUUGGAGAUGAAAUUCUAAGAGGAGAAGUACUGGACACCAACUCUCAUUAUCUAUCCAGGGAGUUACACAAGAUGGGUGUUCAGAUGAAGAAGAUAUCCGUUAUAGGUGACAAAGUGGAAUCAGUCAGUGAAGAAGUCAAAUAUUUUUCUGGAUCCUUCCAUUACGUUCUUACCACAGGAGGUAUUGGACCUACACAUGAUGACAUUACUUAUGAAGCUGUAGCAAAGGCUUUUAAUGAAAAACUGAUUUUGAAUCCAGUGUUGAGAGAUAUUUGUUUGAAAUUUUAUGAUACUACUAAUGUGGACUGUCCAGGAAUGAAACUUGCAUAUAUUCCUCAAUCUGCACAGCUCAACUAUAAUACUGAAGCCCAGAGUUCCAAUAUGACAUAUCCAAAUGUAUCAAUCAACAAUGUUUACAUGUUCCCAGGAAUACCAGAAUUACUGAGGAAAUCCUUUUCCAAUAUAAAAGAUACUUUGUUUAAAUCAAAAGAAUCAUUUUAUUCAAAAUGCAUUUUUUUAAAUACAACUGAAGACAGAAUAGUUCAUAUAUUGGACAUUUUGGUCAAAGAAUUUCCAGAAGUACAAUUUGGAUCAUAUCCUAAACUAUUUGAUGAGAGGUAUAAGAUUAAGGUUACAAUGGAGUCAUGCAAAGAAGAAUGUACUAGAAAAGCCUAUGAAAAACUGAUGGAACUACUACCUGAAGAUUUUAUUGUGAAUAUAAGUGAUACAAGUUGAAACAGAGCUAGUGCUAGAUAUUCAAUUUAGGUUCUUUCAAUUUUGCAAUGCAAUUUGCAUAAUGCACAAUAUAAUGAUAAUAUAUUAUUUGAUUUUGAAUUUAGUUUUCCAGUACAUACAGUAAGUAGGUAGUAGAUUUCAUUGUAUGAAUAUAGAUGCUUAGGGGCAUUACAAAUAUAUGGUACAUUCAUAUUGCAUUGGCAAAGGUACCAUAAUGCUGAUUGCCAUAUCCAUGUCCUUUGGAGGGUGGACUGAUCUAGAGUUGAUAAUGGAUUAUAUUUUGAUCAUAAUAUUCAACAUAAAACCACAGACUAAACCAUCUAUUUGGUAUCUGAUAAGACUACUUAUCUCACUCUGCUGGUCUGGUAAUAAUAAACAUCCCCCAGCCCAGGAAGUGUAAUUUUAACUCCAUAUGAAUUGAUACCUGCUAAAAUUAUCUAAUACCUUUGAGUAUUCACUCUUAUAAUCAAGGCUAAUACUAUCCAGUGACUACUUAGAUUAGAUGACUCCUUGUUUCAGGGAUUUUUGAGUUUUCAAAAAUCCUACCUGUAGAUAAGAGUCAAG